AUGGACCAAGUCAGAGUAGAAUUAGCUAAAGAAUAUCCAGAAAUCAAUCGGGCGAGAAUGCUUUCAGUGCAGAGAGACUUUGCCCGAGCUGCUGAGGCGUAUGCUGAGUUGUUAGACGAGAUGGCACCUCGGGAGGAGAGUUCUAGCCUGAAAAUGGCAGCUGUUUAUUUGGAAUAUGCCCGAGCAUUGAUCUUAUCAAAUGACAAAUUAGUGAUUAAUCCUGAGAUUGAGGAGGAUCAGAGGUACUUAGAAGAUUUAGAAAUUGCCUGGGAAGUCUUGGAAGUAGCUAAACAAGUCUUUAUUAGUCAUAAUGUAGUGAAUGAGUUAUUGGAAACGUACUUAUUAUUAGCCGAAAUGUCGCAAGAUGCUAAUAACUUAGUGGCUGCUCGGGAGGACUUUAUGGGUGCUUAUGACUUGUGUUUAUCGGCCUAUGGUGAAAGUAGGCAGUUGGCGGAAAUUUCGUUUAGAAUUGCUAUAGUAGAUGAAGGUUUAGGAGAGACGGGGAAGGCUAUUACUCGGUUGGAAGAGUUAGUGCAAAUGUUGCAGCGAUUACCAGGUGAUGAGACGAUUAAGGAGUUGGUGCAAGAAGUCAAUUUACGGAUUGAUGAGAUGAAGCAUCCUGAGAAGUACAAGAUAGAUCUGAAAGCCGAGAAGACUACUACUGUUGAUCCCAGUGCACCAGUUACUAAAGUAUCAACUACUAAGACGCCUAAGCCAGAUAAGUAA